AUGAAGUUUGCUAAGCUAUAUGAUGAAAUGCUCAAGUCAGAAGAGAUUCCAGAAGACUGGAUUGGCUCUCGCAUCCAAUACAAGUCUUUAAAAAAAUGCAUUAAUCGAGUAGUCAAAGAACUGGAAUCUGCGUGUUUGGAGAAGGACCUCAUUGAGGUGCUCCUUGAAGGUGACCAUAGGCUGGCAGAUUAUGUGCUUGAAAAAGAUAGUAAAAUUAUUACUCCCAAACUAAUCAUCAGGGUCCCCCACGACAAGCAAGGUUUACCCAAGUCGGAGACUUCCUCGAGGCUAUGGGAAUUUGUCAACAACAGGGAAUAUUUAAAAGACGAUGAGUUGUUCAAAGUUGUCGAAGUUAAAGAGGAAGAGGAAGCGACCUGUUUGGUAUUUCAUUUCCAUGAGGACUCUAGUUUUUUUAGGGAACUAUCUCUCGAGUUGGAAGGUCUCAACAAUUUCAAGGAGGCCCAAAAGCGAUAUUUAGUGGACCAGGUUGACAUGAUCAGUAAGUCCGUUAGUGAGUCAACUUCAUUUGUAAAGCGCAGGUCGGAUCUCUAUACAUGGAGGGAGCUUUUCAAGUUGUACAUUGACUCUGAAAUCUUUUUCAAGUCAUCCACAAGCACCGCUGGAGAACGCAGUGUCCAACAAGCAAAGGCUAAUCUAGCAGCAUUUUGGAACCACGUUAAUAACAAAAAAUUCCACAAGGCGUUUCAUCAAAAGGGAAGCAGGUCAGCUUUUAAAUCGUUUAUCGGUUUAAACGAAAGACUAUUGAAAGUUUCACAGUUUCAAUAUCUUAACAAAAUGGCCAUGACAAAAAUUCUGAAAAAGUUUGAUAAGCAGACUUCGUUGCACACCAGACUGAUUUUUCCAAAACUAUUGGCACACAAUACCUUUAUCGAAGAGUCGUUUGCCCAGCAAUUAUGCUACAAGAUUUCUACCAACCUUUUAUCGAUAAUUCCUCAACUGGAUGACUAUACUUGUCCUAUAUGCUGCUCAGUUGCGUUUAAGCCUAUCAAACUAGACUGUGGACACAUCUUUUGUGUGAGAUGUCUCGUAAAGCUGCAAAGAUCUGGCGAAGACAGAUGUCCCCUAUGCCGUGGGGAAGUCGUCUUGAACGCAGAUAACAGUAAUUUGGACGUGGAACAUAUGGAAUACCUGCAGAAGUAUUUUCCAAAAGAAGUAAAAAUCAAGCAGAACGAAACAGAGAGGGAAAUUGCAAAGGAGAGGUUUGAAGCUGUUUACGGUGAGAAAAAUUGUAUUAUAAUGUGA